UGACAAAUUCAAGCGAAACUGUCAAAGAGGUGAUAAGUUAGGUGUGGUUCAGGUUAACAAAAUCCUAAUAUUCGGAGUGAAAGUUUCUAUAUUUCUAUUAAAAUGUCAGCAACUCUUAGGCCAUAUUUAAAUGCUGUUCGUCAUACGUUGACGGCUGCUAUGUGUUUGGAUAAUUUUUCAUCUCAGGUUGUGGAAAGGCACAACAAGCCAGAAGUAGAGGUUAGAACAAGUAAAGAACUUUUGUUAACGCCCGUAAUAAUCUCAAGAAACGAAAAAGAAAAAGUGCUAAUUGAGUCAUCUGUAAAUUCUGUUCGUGUAAGUAUUGCAGUAAAACAAGCAGAUGAGAUUGAGAAAAUUUUGUGUCACAAAUUUAUGCGAUUUAUGAUGAUGAGAGCUGAGAACUUUAUUGUCUUGCGAAGAAAACCUAUUGAAGGCUACGACAUCAGUUUUCUUAUUACCAAUUGUCAUACAGAGCAAAUGUACAAACAUAAAUUAGUGGAUUUUGUAAUACACUUUAUGGAAGAAAUUGAUAAAGAAGUAAGUGAAAUGAAGCUGGCAGUCAAUGCACGAGCAAGAAUUUGUUCAGAAGAAUUUUUGAAGAGAUUUUGAAAUAAUGCCAAACAAUUUGUUAUAACAUUGUUUAUAACGUAUAAGAUAGUGUUAAGAAUGUAAUUCAAAUUCAUUUCCCGCGAAGGUACAGUUAGCAUAAACACAAUAUGU